GGGACAACCUCCGAUUUCCGAUCGGUUCAAGAUCCAAUCCUUCCUCAAAGAACCGGGGAACCGCCUUGGCUUCGCUUUCCGGCGACACUCCCCUCCCAUGGCGAGGCGUGAGAUUGACGCCAUUCCUCUCUCUAGAUUCGGCGUUCUCGUCGCCCAGCUCGAGUCCAUCGUCGCCUCCGCUCCUCAGCAACCCCCUGAUGUGCUCCUCUGCUUCGAUCUCCUAUCCGAGCUAAUCACUGCCAUAGAAGACGAGCCUAAGGAAUCUAUACAACAGUGGCAAAGGAAGUGUGAGGAUGCUCUUUUCUCUUUACUUAUUUUUGGGGCUCGUCGACCUGUCCGGCGAUUGGCAUCAUCUGCAAUGGGGAGAGUUAUUGCUAGGGGGGAUGGUAUUUCCAUAUAUUCGAGAGCUAGCAGUCUCCAAGGAUGGCUUGCUGAUGGCAAAAGAAGUGAACCCCUCUCAUGUGCAGGUGCUGCACAGUGCUUGGGCGAAUUGUAUCACUUAUUUGGGCGUAGGAUAACUUCAGGUUUGGUAGAAACAACCAGCAUUGCGGCAAAACUAAUGAAGUUUCAUGAGGAUUUUGUGAGACAAGAUGCAAUGCAAAUGCUUGAAAAUGCACUGGAAGGUUCUGGAGGCAGUGGUGCUUCUACAGCUUACUCAGAAGCUUUCCGUAUCAUCAUGCGAGUAGGUGUAAAUGAUAAGUCACUCAUUGUUAGACUAGCUGCAGCAAGAUGCUUAAAAACAUUUGCUAGCAUAGGUGGACCUGGAUUAGGAAUCACAGAACUUGAAAAUUCUAUUAUACAUUGUGUCAAGGCUCUUGAAGAUCCUGUUCAAUCUGUUAGGGAUGCCUUUGCUGAAGCCUUGGGUGCUCUGCUUGCUCUUGCAAUGAAUCCUGAGGCACAGAUAAAACAGAGAGGAAAGAACCAUCCUGUUCCUGUAAAGAAAUUGGAUGAUGGUUUACAGAAACAUUUAAUAUCACCAUUCAUCAGAGCAAGUGGAGUUCGUGCAAAGGAACAGCGAAUUGGAUUGGCAUUAUCAUGGGUAUCCUUUUUACAGGUCAUUCGUGUCAAGUAUCAUCUCCCAGAUAGCGAGCUUCAGAACUUCGCUUUGCUUUCCAUGGACAUGCUUCAAGGAGAUGCUUCAUUGGAUGCACAAGCAUUGGCAUGUGUUCUAUAUGUUCUUCGGGUUGGUGUAACUGACCAGAUGACCGAGCCUACACAACGUAGUUUUUUAGUUUUUCUGGGAAGAAAGCUAGAAUCUGCUGAUUGUAGUCCAGCAAUGAGAGUUGCUGCAUUGCGUAUUCUCUCCUAUCUUUUGACCACUUUGGGAGAGGUUCCGGUUGAAUUCAAGGAUGUUCUUGAUAACACAGUUGUUGCAGCACUGUCUCAUUCUUCAUUACAUGUCCGUAUAGAAGCUGCUUUGACAUUGCGUGCGUUGGCAGAAGUUGAUCCUACUUGUGUUGGUGGUUUAAUCUCAUAUGGUGUGACAACAUUACAUGCUUUGAGAGAAAGUGCGCGAUUUGAAAAGGGAAUGCAUUUGAAUGCCGAGUUAGAUUCCUUGCAUGGGCAAGCUGCAGUUCUAGCAGCCCUUGUUUCCAUCUCGCCAAAGCUACUUCUUGGUUAUCCUGCAAGGCUACCCAAGUCAGUCUUCGAAGUUUCAAAGAAAAUGCUGGCUGAGUAUAGUCGGAAUCCUCUUGCUGCUACUGUGGAAAAAGAAGCUGGUUGGUUACUUUUAGCUUCACUUAUAGCAUCUAUGCCGAAAGAGGAGCUUGAAGACCAGGUUUUUGAUAUUCUCUUACUUUGGGCUGGCCCUUUUCCGGGAAAUCCUGAAUCCUAUAUUGGGCGAAUACAAGAUUUUCCAUCUGAACUGCGCGUGUUGUCUGCGGCAACUGAGGCACUCAUUGCCUUCGUAAGAAGCUUUGAAUCUCCAACAGUAGCUUCUACCAAUGUCCUCCUUCAGCCUGUGCUGGCCUACCUUCGUGUUGCUUUGUCCUAUAUAUCAUCCUUUUCUGCCAAGCUGUCACCAAAUAUAAAACCUGCACUAGACCUUUUCACGAUCAGAACAUUAAUGGCAUAUCGUUCUGUUUCUGAUCCUGUGGCAUAUAAAAGUGAGCAUCCACAAAUUAUUCAUAUAUGCACCAGCCCAUUCAGGUAUCUUGGUGAUUGGUUACUUAUAUCUUUACUUAAUUUUGAUCCUUCUGGGUUUGAAGAAAGCUCAUGUUUGAGGUUAUUAUUAGAUAAGAGGGAUGCAUGCUUAGGCCCCUGGAAGCCUGGAAGGGAUUCGUUUGAAGAUGAACUUCGUGCAUUUAAUGGUGGGAAAGAUGGACUUAUGCCAUGUGUAUGGGAUGAAGUUUGCAGCUUUCCUCAGCCGGAGCCCAUUAGCAAAAUGUUGGUCAACCAGAUGCUCUUGUGCUUUGGUACCAUUUUUGCAAGUCAGGAUAAUGGUGGAAAGUUGAAGCUUCUCAACAAAAUUGACCAUUGUCUCAAGACUGGGAAGAAGCAGUCUUGGCGUGUUGCCAGCUUUACAAAUGCAUGCGUGGGCUUACUGGCAGGGUUGAAGGCAAUGCUUGCUUCGCAUCCCCAAACAUUGGCUGCUGAAAUAUUUAGUACCAUACAGUCCAUCUUUCUGGGAAUUCUGGCAGACGGUGAAAUUUGUUCAACGCAACGAAGAGCAUCUUCUGAAGGUCUUGGUUUAUUGGCUCGCCUUGGGAGUGACAUAUUCACUGCAAGGAUGACUCGGUCUCUUCUUGGAGAGCUAGUUGCAGCAACAGAUCCAAACUAUAUUGGAUCUAUUGCACUUUCAUUGGGUUGCAUUCAUCGCAGUGCGGGAGGAAUGGCAUUGUCUGCUCUAGUGCCGUCAACCGUGAGCUCACUUUCUUCAUUAGCUAAGAGUCCAAAUGCUAGUCUACAAUUGUGGGCUCUGCAUGCUCUUCUAUUGACCAUCGAAGCUGCUGGUUUAUCAUAUGUCUCCCAAGUUCAGGCAACACUUUUCCUUGCUAUAGACAUUCUUUUGUCAGAAGAGAAUGGAUUGGUUGAUCUUAGGCAGGAGAUAGGGCGACUUAUCAAUGCUAUAGUUGCUGUUCUUGGGCCAGAGCUAGCCCCUGGGAGUACCUUCUUUUCUCGUUGCAAGGCAGUUAUUGCGGAAAUAAGCUCUUGCCAAGAGAUAUCAACCCUUCUUGAGUCCGUUAGGUUCACGCAGCAACUUGUUCUUUUUGCUCCACAAGCUGUUUCUGUGCAUUCUCAUGUUCAAAGUCUUCUUCCAACCCUCUCCUCACGGCAGCCAAGCCUUAGGUCUCUUGCUGUAUCUACGCUGCAUCAUCUAAUUGAAAAGGACCCGCUUGCGAUGAUUGAUGAAAAUAUUGAAGAAAAUUUGUUCAGCAUGCUUGAUGAGGAAACUGACUCUGAGAUUGGAAGUUUGGUUCGUGCAACAAUUACUCGGUUGUUUUAUGCAUCAUGUCCUCUAUGUCCAUCACGUUGGUUGGCAAUAUUUCGUAAAUUGGUUCUUGCAACAUCAACAGGAAGCAAUGCUGCUGAGAGCAAUUUGAGUUCAGGGAAUGAAAACUCAAAUGGUACAUUGGAACGUGAUGUAAAUUUACAUUAUGGAGAUGAUGAUGAAGACAUGAUUGCUGGCUCAAAAGGAGAACAGAUGCAAGGUUCUGUUUCUGCUUCCAGAGCUGAUACUAAAAGAGGAAAACAUCUCAGAUACCGAACCAGAAUUUUUGCUGCAGAGUGUUUGAGCUGUCUACCAACUGCUGUUGGAAACAACCCUGCACAUUUUGACAUUUCUUUGGCAAGGAGUCAGCCAGCUAAGGGGCGUAGUUCCUUGGGUGAUUGGCUUGUGCUGCACUUACAAGAGCUUGUCGCACUUUCUUAUCAGAUAAGCACUGGGCAGUUUGAAGGCAUGCAGCCCAUAGGUGUGAGACUUCUAAGCAUCAUAAUGGACAAGUUUGGUAGAACUCCAGAUCCGGAACUUCCUGGGCAUCUCUUGUUGGAACAGUAUCAGGCUCAACUUGUUUCUGCUGUUCGAUCUGCCAUAAGCACCUCAUCUGGCCCUCUUCUCUUGGAGGCUGGCCUGCAGUUGGCUACAAAGAUUUUGACAAGCAGCAUUGUUAGUGGGGAUCGGGUUGCUCUGAACCGCAUGUUUUCUUUGAUUUCACACCAACUUAAUGACAUUAAAGACUUGUAUUACCCAUCUUUUGCUGAAUGGGUUGCAUGCAAGAUAAAAGUAAGACUUUUGGCUGCCCAUGCAUCCAUUAAGUGUUAUGUGUAUCAGUUCUGGAGGGAACAGAAAGGUAUUCCAGAUGAGUAUCUGCAGUUGAUACCUUUAUUUUCUACUAGCUCGAACAUCUUGGGAGAGUACUGGAUCAGCAUUCUCAAGGACUAUAGUUAUGUGUGCUUCGGCUUGCAUCCAAAAGUUAAUUACAAACCAUUCCUCGAUGGAAUUCAAUCGCUGUUGGUUUCGUCCAAGGUGAAAGAAUGUCUACAUGAAGCCUGGCCACUAAUUUUGCAAGCAGCUGCUCUGGAUGCAGUUCCCAUGAAAUUUGAAUUGGACAAAGCUUCACAACAUGAUGAAGAUUUACCCAGAACUCCAUUUAUAUCUGGCCACAGCAUGGUCAGAUUGAAACUCAAUGAAUUUCAGUUUCUUUGGGGGCUUUCACUGCUCGUUCUCUUUCAGGGACAGCAACUAGUAUCAGGUAACCAAGGAAAGAUGCUGCUUGUUCAUGUUGAGAAGAAACACAGUGGAGAUUCAAUGCCUCAAGGGGCGCAUUACCUGUCAUCAUUUGAGAUUCCCUUGCUAGUAUUUCAGUCUCUUUCAAAAGAAGUAUUUUUCAGCCAGGAAUUUCUGUCAUUGGACCUCUGCAAAGAACUCCUUCAGGUUCUUAUAUCUGCUGAUUACACCAGUGCUUCAUGCAAUGGCCUUGUCAUAUAUCUACUAUCACAGAUUGUGAAGUUCUGUCCUGAUAAUUAUUUUCAUAUGGAUGACUUUGCUACUGCAGCCACAGAACUAUAUUUCAAAUGCCUUAUGGUAACAUUUCAAAGUGACCGUGCAUUCUUGCAAGAUCACUCUGAUAGCAACGAGUUGCUUUCUGAGUUAUUCAACGCAGCUGAGACGAUAGCAUAUCGGAUAAACCAUAAGAAACGUUGGAAUUUGAUAAUGGCACUUAUAUCGAUCUCUCGUGAGUGGUUUAGAUUAGCUUCAACCAAUUUACUCUUGUCAAAAGCUAUCUCCUUUCUUCAGAACUUAGUGCCCUUUAUGAAGAGAUGUUUCAUAGAUGAAGCUGAACUUCAUAUUGAUGAUUAUGACAAUCUAAUGACAGUCCUGGGAGCUUGGGCUAGCAUGCUUGCAUUUUUGUCUCAAGACUGCAUUAAGAGAAUCUGCAUUAUGGAAAGCAAGAUAAGUGAUUCGAGCAAACUUUUGGCAAAAAUACUUGUUUUUUGUUUGGAAGAAGUUGUAGCUCUUGCCAGACUUGUUCAUCAAAGUCAUCAUCUGCGAGAAUACAAAGCAAACAAUCACAUGCUCCUGUUCUCUGUAUUCAAACUUUGCACAAAGUGCGUCCGGGAUACCUUUUAUGUGACAAAUAUACAGAUUCAGACGUUAGGCCUUCAUGUGGUGAAAAACAUUGCUCAAAAAGAACUUGCUGAAGGUUCACAAAUGAAGAGUCAUUCUUUUUUGCUAUUCUUCAUUGGAGAGCUCUUUCGAGAUGUUUUUCUUCUAAUCCAACAUACGUUAAAGAAUUAUCCUCUAUGGCAGGAACACAAAAGUAGGGAAUCUGUGGCUAUCACUGAUGAAUGUUUGAGGCUGCUCUUCCUCUUCCAUACACUUGCACGAGGCAGUGAAUGUCAGAAGGCAGUCAUGAUGUUGCUUUUGGAAGCCUUAUUUAUGGUUUUCUAUCUAUCCAGUGGAAGCCUUUCCCAGGAAACUAAUGAGGUCAACACCGUUACAAGGAGUAUGGUUUCUCAUCUUGUUCAGAUUCCUUCAGCUGUAAUUCAAAUCAAAGAUGCAAUAUUAUCAAUGCCAGUUACACGAAGACAGCAAAUUCAGGAUAUGCUACGAACUUCAGUCACUCAGUAUCAGAUGGGAACACAGGGCAAGUUGAAUGUGCAACCAGAGUCAGAUGCUAGAGAAGUUCAUCAGGUGCAGGCUUCAGAUUUCAUAGUUGCACCUGCUGACAAGCAUGAUAUCAAAGAAGAAGAAGAGGAAGACGAUGAUGAUGAUUGGGAUGCAUUCCAAUCUUUGCCAGCUAACAAUGUGUCUGCUUCUCCAACUGAUUCACAUGUUGACUGGAGAGAGCCUGAGGCUGCUUCAGUUGAUGAUUCUUCACCUGCAGAGAGUGAUCAUAGCAAGAAUUGUUGCCAUCACCAUGACCUCUCACAUCAGAAUGUCUUCGAAGAGGUUACUCCUGAACAGGGUCCAGCAACUGGUACAGGUGAAGAAAUGACGAGCCUCGUCAGGAAUGAACUGGUGGAACCCUCAGAUUCCCAAUAUUCUCAAAAUGAGGGAGUCAUUGAAGAUUCUGGUGGUAUAAAAGUUCAGGAGUUGUCUAAACAGUCAAUUAAUGAAGGUGGAGACAAAAUGAUGGGGAAUGAUGUGGAUGAUACCAUUCGAUCCGCCAUUCAGCUCGUGGAGGAUGAUGAACUGAUCAAGGAGAAUGAAGACCAGCGCCUGCACCAUAAAGGUGGUAAUGAAUUAAAAUCUACAGGUAAUGAAGAUAGCACCCAAGAGCAUUCUGUUGAUGGGCUUUCUGCUCCAAAGGAUAAUGCAAAAGAAGAUAAUGAAAGGGAGUGCGAUGGGCAGCAGCAUCUGCACCAUGAGAGAGGUAGUGAAUCAGAAAGUAUAGUUAAUGAAGACGGGGCCCAACAGCAUUGUGUUAAUGUGAUUGCUGCUACUGAGAAUAAUGAACAGGAGUGUGAGGCGCAGCAUCUGCUCCAUCAGGGUGGAGGUGAAUUAAGAAGCAGAAGCGAUGAAGUCUGCUACGGUCAUUCAGAUGAUGUGCCUUCUGCUCCCAACAACAAGGAAAACGAAACUGGUGGCCUGCAUCCCUACCAUGAGGAUGACAAUGAAUCAAAAGGUAAUGAAGAUGGCCCCAAAGAGCAUUCUGUUCAUGCGGGAGGAGAAUAAAAAGGAGGAUGAACACCAACAUCUGCACCAUCAUGGGGAGAGUAAUUAAGAAGGCAGAGUUGAUGAGGAAGGCUCCGAAAAACAUUCAGAUAAUGUGCUUGCUGCUCGCUUAAGAAGUGCCAUCUAGUGAUUCACCAAGAUCUCCCAAGGAUUUCUUCUCUACAGGCUGGCAGCUAGCAUCCAGAUUCUGUGAUAAGGAGCCGCAAAAGCAGCUAGAUAAUCUUGAAUUCUCAGAAAUCUGUAGAUUCUUUAUAAUAGCUGGCUGGCUGAAAGUGUAUGACCAAUUUUAACAAUCAUCAAGGAGACUCGGGUGCAAAAUUUCUUCAUUAUGAUCUACUCCAUAUUGCAUAUGUACUUGUUAAUAGGAAUUCUACUUGGGAUUUUUUAGAUAUAUAUUUUUGAAGUAGCUGAUUCUGCAUUAAUUAGAAAAAUGCUGUAUGUAAAGUAGUUCUAUACUUUUUUUUGAAAUUCUGACAUUUUAGCAAAGCAAUUAAAUAUAGUAGCCUGUACAUGUUUGACACUGACAUUUUUACUACCUUGUGAUGAAAUUUAGC